UUGUGCCUGUAGAAUAUAAUGCAGAUAUUAAAUCCCAAAUAAAUACACUUCAUGUUUUACAUAAAGAUCAUAACACAGUUUCGAAGUGAAUGGAAGACAUGGAACGCAGUGGCUUAACUUAACAGUACCGAUAAUCGCAGUUGUGAUUGUGUAGACAUAUGGCUGCAGUGAUUCAGUUGAAAAGGGAUGCAAUGUUAACAAUGAACGUUCGUAAAAACCGUGGCACGAUUCUUUGACUCUUCUUGCAGCAGGAGCAUCGAUGACGUAGGGUGAGACCCGGCAACAGGCGUCGGUGUUCCGGUGGCACUGGUAUUUGAAAGGAGCAGGAAACAAUAGAGGCGCCGACGAUGCCGAACAAUAAUCUCGGAUCGUUCAUUGAAAAGGAUGUUACAAAUAGGAACAAUGUUGACAAUUACAAUGAAAAAGCGACGAGCGAGAAGUACGGAAGAAGUAAUACCAGCUCCACGCAUAGGAGUACCGAGGAGAUAGCAGGAAAGUCGAAUAAAUAUACCCAGAUUGAUUUUGCACAAUUGUCUCACGGUACACAGAGAAUAAGACCAACAUCCAUCGCUUAUCUGGGAAAACAGCCACAGAUAAACGACUCCAGUUACGCGUACUACAACGUCAAAAACACGUUAACGCCGUCUCAGAGCGAAUUAGUCCUGUCGCCUAGAAGCAGGCACAGUCGUCAUGUGGCCUUAGACAUGAGACUUACGAGCCUUCCGUUUUCGAGUCCUUAUUCGAACAGUCAUAUGUUGGGAAGCAACACGCCGGUCACAUGUUGCUGUACGUGCGCAGGAUCGCAGGUACCACAGACACCAUCUUCCCAUCACACGGAGGAGCAAGACGGUCCUGAAGGUCUCUCGUGGAGGAGGCUUCACAUGAGCCGCGCAAAGCUGAAAGCAACCGCAACAACAUCAGAACUGUUAAGUGGAUUUGCUAUGGUGGCUAUGGUAGAACUACAAAUAAACGAACCAACUGCAGUACCAGAAUGGCUGUUUGUGAUGUUCGCUGUUUGCACGACCGUCCUAGUAUCAGUACACAUCUUUGCUUUAAUGAUAAGCACGUAUUUAUUGCCUAAUAUUGAAGCCAUCAGUAAACUUCAGGUAUCACGGCUCGUAACGGAAUCUCCGCAUGAGAGGAUGCGUGGCUUUAUAGAAUUAGCUUGGGCAUUUUCCACGGUGCUAGGACUGUUUCUUUUUUUAGUGGAGGUAGCUAUACUGUGCUGGGUAAAAUUCUGGGAUUACUCUUUUACAGCCGCGACUGCCAGUACCAUCAUAGUGAUUCCAGUCCUCAUAGUCUUCAUAGCUUUUGCCGUUCACUUCUAUCAUUCGCUGGUAGUUUAUAAGUGUGAAUCCUCUGUCUCUGAUAUGAACGAAUUAGAGAGUAUAAAAAGGAAUUUAGAUAACGUGACGAUGGCCCAAAGCAGUGUAUAAUUACAGGCUUGAUACAAUAACAUCUGAUACUGUAAAAAAUAAUUGCCAUUUUUCGCGUUACACGAGCGCAUAUGUAUCAGCUGCUGAUCGAAUAUUGUUGUUUCCUAAAAUACGUACCAGACUGUAAAUUGUUACUCAUAUUCUGUAAUAUAGUAUUGUAAUCGUUAGAAAUUAAAUACUGUACUUAAAACAAACUAUGUACAUAACAGUGAUAGAAAAAGAACACAUAUAAGUUUAUUCGAUAACUUUACUUUUUUUUUUUUUACACGAUCACGCGAAAAUGAUCGUGUUUUAUUAUAUAUAAAAAUGUACAUAGCUGUACACAUGCAAGUCAAGAAUUGCAACAGUACAAGCAAAGUGCUCUUAGUAUAUUAGCUAUAUUAUUUAGCAUUUAAUUAGGUUCUAUUUACGACUUAAUUCUCAAUUCUUCUUUAAAUGUGUUUCUUGUUUGCUUCGCCUUUAUCGUACGUUAAAUCGCUAAUGUAUAGAUUUUUAUUUUGUCACUUAGUUUGUGGGAAAACUGAAGGACAGUUGAGUAUUCAGUUUAUGUACAUGCUUUCGUUCCAGAACUUGUUAUCCUAGUCAAAUAAAUUAUUUUUUUCAGACUUGAAGACUCUCAUUAAUCAAAGUGCGGCUCGUUACUUAAGCUAUAAAAGGGAAAAUAUAUCAUUUUUAUCCACCUUUCAUUUUCACCAUAAACUAAGUUAUGAUCUUAUAAUUGAUAUUUUCUACAUUAAUAUGCUUUAAAUUCUGUUUGUACAAAAAAAAAAAUGAUAUGAAUCAAAGGAAGAAUUGUAAUUAAAGCAAGGACAUAAUACAAAUGUUUUUCUACAAAAAGUGUUUCACAGACUCGCCUGUAAUAAUAAGAAACAGUGAAAAGUAUCUUAUAUUGCACAACACCUCUAAUCGCGUACUUGUUUUAAUUAAAAUGUUCGACUUAAUUUAAAUUUACAAAAUUGAUUUGUCGUUUUAUACAAUGAUUGGAAUAGUCAAUUACAGGAUUUGGCGCGAAAUCGUCAAUAUGGAAAAUUAACGUAUAGAGUUAAUAGUAUGUACAUUGGAAGGAAAACAAAUUAAAACGUACAAUACAGAAGAAUGAACUCUUUAUGGUAAUGUACGUUAGUUCGUUUGAAAACAAGUGAAUGAUUACAAUGAACCAUAAAAUGAGUCUUAAACUUUCCGACAUCUAAUGAAACGCAAUUAGAUUCACCCGCUUUGAGGAUGAUUAAAAGUCUUCGUUUCUGUUUUUGUAACGGAAGUAAGUAAAAUAUAUUUUUAUCACUUGUGUCCUUAUCUUAUAAGUGAAAUAGAUAUUUGUUUUACUCGUAAAAAAUGUCUUCCAUAGGGCGCAUAAUGAAUAAGAACAAACUGCUUGUGCUAUGGACAGGUAAAUUAAUGAAGUAUGGGAAGAAUUACAGUUUUAUACAAAAACUAAUUAGACUGUAUCAAAAAGAGUACUUUAUAUAUAAGGUAUUUAUAUCCCGUAUAAAUCGUUUAAAUUACUUUAAUUGCGUUAACGUAAGUAAAAAAAUAUUUAUGUAUAAAUAAAUUUUUAAAAUGGAUUAACGCAAUUAGUUUUUGUAUAAUACCAUUUAACAUCGAUCAAUCGGUAUUACAAAAUAAGGCUGAAAUGUUUAAGACAAACGGGUCGUUAAAAUUUCACUAACGAACAAGAUUACAACUAUAAUAUUUUUUCUCCCAUACUAUGGAUUAGAUUUCACUUUCUAAGUCAAUAUACAAGUGUACAAGUUAUAUUAGUUUAAAUUGAUACCGUAUGACUGUACCCAAUAAUUUAUCGCUUCUAAUACCAUUUACUUUCCUAAGUGCAAAACAGAUUACAUUAAAAAAUGUUACUAGUAUUCUUAAAAUAUUCUUAUCCAUAAAAUAUAUUCACAGACUAAGAUUCGGAUGCAUAUAUAAUUUACUCAUUAUUUUUCGAACGCGAUGGAUAAAGUAUUACAAAAGCAAAACGUAAAUACCUAACCCAUUUCUGUAUCUAAUUCACACAUAAUCCAAUGUAAAUUGUAUAAAUAUUAUGAAAGUAAUCAUUAUUCCAAUCAUGUCACAUUGUAUUAUAUAGUAUUAUAUAAUGCGUUAUCUCGUAUUAUAUCAAUCUAUAGUACUAUAAAGUGAUACAACAAAAGUUAAACAAAAAGGAAAGGUUAUUUUUGUAAGACCUCGUAAUAAAUUGGCUUUCGUACAAUAUUAUUUUCAGUCUUGUUUUUAAAUAAACAUAUAAAGUCUUUCUGGUGCCUAUCCAUAGCAAGAGCUUAGUUAAAAAACUCUAUUUCGCAAUAAUAAAAUCUUUCUUAUCACGUGACAGUUCUUGAAAAUCGAGACGUAAAUAUGCAAUUCAUUUUUAAUAAUAAGAAUCUAUAACUUCCACUUUUAUCCGUCUUAAAACUGUUCUCAAUUUUUCGGUCGUGCUAUACAAAUUCAGCAAGACGUUUGGCAAGUUGAAAUGCUUGCUUGUUAAUCCUAAUAACAAACUGUAAAUUUUAACUCUUACAUUUAUAAAAACGAAAAUUUAUAUACAAGUUUGCAUAAACGAUGCUUUGUUCGAUGCUAGCCCCAAGUAAAAGAAAGUCACAACCUACACACAUACAUUCACUAGAUCUUCGUGGAAAUCCUCGAAUAAUUAUCAAA